AGCGACGACUAGCGCGUUCACUGACAAAAUGACUGAUGUGUACUAUGUGACAACACUUGCGUAGUUUGCAGAGGAAUACUUGCCGACAUUCGCCCGAUGAGAGAACACUUGGACACUGGAAUAUUGAACAAUAAAUACCAACGUACAUUACAUUUGAAUUGGAUUAUUGUUUUUGUGUGCUAACUGUAUAGGCCUACCUGUACCGUAGGCAUGGGCUGUAAAGGGUCCUUUGGUUGUGUGCUGUCAGUGGCUGCCAAGGUCUUGUGCAUCCUUGUGCUGAUAACACAAUCAGCGUUGUUGGAUUACGUCAUCAUACGGUUGGACACCACGGCAUCCGAUGCAGGACGUUACAUCUGGAUAGCCCUGGAUUCCAUCGUUGUCAUCUUCUGGAUAAUUGCCUUGGUUCUUUCUUACCGGUUUUUCCACUUUCCAAGCCAAGAGAAAGUGCCAACUGAAGGAUACAGUGGAAAGCAGAUCAUCAAACUUGCCCUGAAGGAGCUCCCGUUUGCAUACGUUUCGUGGCUUCUGUAUGCCGUCAUCCUCGUCGCAAAGAUCAAUCGAAUGUUUGUGGCAUUCGCCGAGGAUUUAACAUCCACAAAUGAAUCCCUGCAGACAAACACAUCCCUGAAGAUCAUCCUCUCUCUGGCUGGUGUCAUCUUUGCCCUGCUGGCCUACGCUCACCAUAACGAAGCCCAUAACUCCAAAUACAAACUCUUGAUCGAGAAGCUGGGCACGGCCGCUAGUAUUGACCUCCUGGAUGUUGUCAUGUUGCUUGACAUUUUGUUCAUUGAGGACAAUCGCGUGGAGAUUACGUUUACUCUGGAUAGAACCAUCCGGGUGUUUUCCUCCAUCUGCAUCCUGCUGCCGGUGUUUCCACUCAUCGCCUUGCGGGUGAUAUCCUCCAGCGGGUCGGCGAAGACUGACAAGGUCUUCCCGAUUGUGAUGGUGCUCAACACCGCCUUGUACCUCUUCCUGGUUAACAUCCCGCUGUUGAGCAUCCGGAUGUUCCUGUGGUUUCACCACGACGUGGACAUCACAACCUGGCUGACCAAGAACGUCAUGGCCAUCUGCAAGGGGGUGCUGGACAUUUAUCGGGAGCUGGUGACCUGGAGACGGGAGGUAGCCAAGGAGGAGCAUGGUACAGAUGAUGCAGUUCAGAUGGAGCCGGUUCCUGUGUGAAAACUCCUGCAGGCACAUGUACAUGGCACUUAGUGACCACUCAAACUGGGAAUGAAAAUGUUGAGAACAGAUACAUGUCCGUGUACAUGUACCCGGUACCGGGUAACAUGAGGUGAUGAUGUACUCUGUUGAUUCCAUCAUACAUCUGUUGUGUACGUAUAUUGUACGAACUACACGUACAUGUAUUGGAGUAUAAAUGUGAGGUCCAAACGUGUGACAUUUUGGCAUCCCUGUUACACCUGACCUGUGUAUAAUUUGAUAUGAAAAUAUCAUUGAAAUUGACUUCAAACUACAUGUAUAUUAAAUAGUUUAGCAGGUAAUUUGCAAAUUUCAUAAUCACUCUUGGAGGUAGAAGGCAUGAAAAAACAUAUUCUAAAUUUACAAGAUCUGAUGUCGAUGUAACACGGACAUCAAAAAAAUUGGACCCUAAAUGAACUUUUCUAUACCAAUUAAAUUUUACAAUCUAAUACCGUUAGGCAUUGUAUACUUUAAUUAAUUAACUCCAGUGUACAGGUGCCUGAAUCCCUCAAAAUCCACAUCCCUGUUUUGUAGGAUUUCGGUGGAUUCAGUAUACCUCCACAUUGAAAAUGUUGGGGGAUUUUGAUGGAUUCAGGACAAAGCCAAGUGGUACUGCAGGAUUUUGAUGUAUUCAGGAUACCCCCACAUUGAGCAGUUGGGGGACUUUGACAGAUUCAGGAUCUCAACAGUUCAACUCUGGCUACAUGUAUGUUUGGUGUGUACGAGGUACAAUGUACUACAGUGGUGGAUUCUGAUGGACUCGAGUGGAUUCUGAUGGACUCAGGACACCAACAUUUUUUUUUGCAUGACAAAAUUGGUGGAUUUUGGCGGAUGCAGGAUUCUUUCUAGUAAAAGUGCUCAAGGGGUUAGGGUUAAGUUUGUGACCUCAUGCCUCAUUCUCCACAUGAACAAUGUACAUGUAUUGCCCCAGAAGGCAACCAAUGUGAGCAGCGCAAAUGAUGUACAUGUACAUGUACCAGUACAUGUACAUACAUGUACCUUGUACUGGGUACAUACAUGUACAUGUACAAUCAAUUCUCCAUCAGCCACCCUGAAGAACAUUUUUUAAUGGAAUGUUAUGCUGUGUCUAUUGGCCAAUUUCAUGUGUUUGAGGUAUGGCAGACACAAUACAUGUACAUGUAGGAGGGCGGUGCUUGAUUUCCGUAAAGUCUUUUAGUGAGUUUUACCUGCAAUGUACAUUGUAAACUAAAUUGCUUCCUCAUAUGGUGUCAGCCAUAAAUAUGGUGUCAGCCAUAUAAAAAUAGGCCAAUGACAUUUAUUUAAAAUGCAUGACUAAUAACCUAAACAAGUGUGAUUACAUGUGUAAUUGUAUGCUGCAUGUUUUUAUAUUGUGCUGCACUGCAUGUACAUGACGUGUACAUCAUGCUAUCAGUAUUCAUUCUUUUGAUACCGUAUGUUUAUAAAUAUAAUGCUGAAUGUACAAUGUAUUACGAAAUGUAUUUUCAGUCUUGUAUUCAGGGAGCUAUUGUAGUACAUGAGUUUUAACAUUUGGGUUCAACAUGGAGGUGCAGGUACAUGUGGGAAUCCUUCAUGGGUUCAGCCUCUUACCGAUCCAAUUUUAUCAAUUGAUCUGUUUGUUUCUCCUGUUGAGUACUCAGGCUGCUUUCAUGUGUGUCAUUAUC